UACAGUUGAAUAGUUUGUUAAUAGAAAUAAUGGAGGAAGCUGAUGAGAGAAAAUGGAAGGGGAAGGCAAAGACCGAGGUAAGGGGACACAAAGCAGAGAAAGUAUGGCCUCUGAUCGCCGACUUCUGCGGCCUCAGCAAGUGGUUCCCUACUCCGACAUGCAUUCCGGUGGAAGGCGUCUCCGGCCAAGCCGGCUGCGUCCGCUUCUGCGCCGGCUUCAAGACCCCUGUGGAUCAAAAGGACAAACAAACAGUGAAUUGGACGAAGCAGAAACUGCUGUACAUUGACCCCACGAACAUGACCUUGAGGUAUACGAUCACAGAGAGCAACGUAGGGUUCUACUCGUACGUGGCGACGUGGAGAGUGAUCGAUUGUGGAGAAGGAAGUGAGGUUGAGUGGGAGUAUGAAGUUGAACCCGCGCAAGGAUGGACCCUGCAACAGUUGAAUUCCUUCGCUAGCUCUGGUUUGCAAGUCAUGGGCUUGAGGAUGGAGGCUGAUCUCACUACUGUAGACCAAGCUCUCAGGCUUUCAAAUUAAUACUUCUUGUUGCUGUGUCUGUAUGAGUUUAUUGGAAUGAAUAAACUGGUCUCUCAUCAAUCUUGUGAGUUUUAAGUUAAUUAUUUCAGA